AUAUUUUUUUCAAAAACUUCAAAAGUGUGUAAAGUGACGGAUUUUUUUUAAAGCUGCAUUUUUUUCGCAACUGCAAUUUUAUUUGAACGCCAAUCUGUGUCAGAUAAUGCCAUCUCUUAGUAGCCAAUGCAGUGCAAACACACUAUAAUUCGUAGCUGACAUGAGAAAAAUAUUCUUCCACCUCCGAAUGCGAUCACUAGUAGAUCACUAGCGAUCGCACUAAUCACCUGAGCACAAACAGCCAUAGCGUUUAUAUGUAUCAGUGACCCCGUGAUAUUCCUUGUGACCAAUUCGACGAAAGUCAACGAAAGUUUUCAAUGAUUCUAAGAGAAUGAUAAAAUUUCGCACACGCGUGUACGCUGUUUCAGGCAUGAAAGUGCUUCCAGUUUCUUAAAUCGCUUGUUAUUGUUCUUCAUCUCGUAAGUGUUAAAUUCUUAAGUCACCUCAAGAAUGUACAUAAGAAAUUAAGAGAAAGAGAGAGAGAAAGAGAAUAAGUUAGUGAAACAAUACGAAUUUUCGAUGUGUCGAAAACAUUCGCUUCACCGAAGACCGACAGAUCGUUUAACUGAGUUUCGCAAAAUUCUCGGACAGGUUAUGUGAAAUUAUACGAAUAAAAUGGAUUGAUCUGAGAAUCGUAAUCUAAGACGAACUUUGACGAAUUACGAUAUGUUCCAUUCAUUUAUGAGCAUCAUAAAGGCCUAAUAAUGGAACGAAAUGGUGCCAGAGAAAUGGAAGAGCGUAGAUGCAUCCGAGAUACCGAGAAAGCACCUAAGAGAUAUGGGAGUACAGCUAAGCACAUGACACGAACUGAGAGUUUAGUAAAGCAUACAGUGUGCCCUACAGAUACCCUUCAAGGAAUAGCUCUAAAAUAUGGAGUUACGACAGAACAAAUAAGAAGAAUUAAUAAAUUGUGGGCUUCAGAUAGUUUAUUUUUACGAGAACAUUUACUCAUUCCUGUUAGUGCAGACAGUUCUGCUUCUGUUUGCAAUGACGAAUCAGUCACUUCUGAUGAGCAUGAUAUUCCUCCAAAUGUAUCUAGUCCUUCUUCGAUAUCAUCAUCCAUUGAUGAUGAAAGUUCCGUUAAUGAUUUCUUAGCUAAAAUGGAUACUUCAAUAGCUAAUGUCAAGAAAGAAGUCAAACGUGCUCAAGGGAAUAGUUCUGUAUUGAUAGCAAUGACAUGUACAUACAACGGCGGCACAGAUCUGCAAAAUCACGAAACUCCUUUCCUGCUGCAUCAAAUACGUACUCGUCACCCUCCUCUGAUCCUGUAAGACCUGCGUCCUCUAGUGAUAUGCAUAAUUUUCCAACUGCUGUAGUUAUGACACAAGGAAGAAAAGUAAAAACUUCUUUACAAAGACUCGAGCAGCAACAAGACGAAAUGUUUCAGUUGUAGCGUCUAAAUUUUAUUGGGCUGUAAUAUUCUGAAUGUCGACUGUUAUUAAAAAGCUUCUAUGAAAGGAUGUACUAUAUAUGUAUGCGAAUAAGAGAUUGUUUUUCAUAUUCGAUGUUGGUUGAUCCAGUUAUAAAUUUAAUUGAAUUACAUUGCCUUCUUCUGACUUAUUGCUGUCGAAAGAUCAACCAUAUUCCUGUAAUUAGUCUAAGCAUUAUUCUUAAUAAUUGCACUAUUAUUGUAUAUCAAUUUUACGACCUUUUUUGUCGUAAUAAUAUCAUAAAGAGUGGAUCAACUAACUUUUAUACUGUUUGAACAUAGAUGCUGAAACUGUUUUACGUAAUGUUGCUUAGUGGACCAUAUGUGCCUUGGAUACAAGUCUCUGCAUUAUGUAAAAGUUCUCUCUAUGCUCAGUUUUUUUCUGGUUAAAUAUGAGUUAAAUAUGGAUUCUCAUAAGAAUAUAUUUUUUUAAAGUCA